GAAAAGAGCAAGUUGUUUUUUUUAGUGUGUUUCUGAGGGUUGCAGCAGAGUCCGACAAUUACACGUGCCUUCAUGACGCAAAGAACGUCUCGCUUGUCCUGACAGAGUGAUGGUCAAUGUGCUAUGGGGUGUCCCUGCUAUGACAAUGGAUGGGCCCCGCACUGCUGCAGAGGUGGUUGCACGAUUCUGCCAUGCCAUGGGUCUAGAAGAUUCACCUGAGGCCAGCCAGCACAUCGAUGUCUAUCGUGUGGUACCUGUCAACGAUCAACUGAGCGAGUUUGCAGAGAAGGAGAAGCUUCUUGUGCAUUUGCCCGCCUCGCCCUUUGACUGCGCGGCCAUAGAGGAGCUUCACCAACAUUUGGAAGAAAUGGAGAUCAGGAAUGAGCGAUGUCGAGAGUCCAUUUCUGCAUUGGUCGAAGCAUUGCGCCACGAGGCGCCAACUGAUCUGCAUGCUGCUCCUUCGGAGGAGGAGAUGCAGCAUUUGCGACAGGAGAAUUCUACUUUAAGGCUGAAGCUUGAGCAAGCCUAUGUGGCCAACCGAGACAGCUACCGGGAACUCAACUUUCUUCGUGAAGUGACACCCAGACAUCCUGUGCGACAGGUGCCAAUGGGACCUGCAUCACUAUCUGGCUGGGAUGGACAUGUUGGGUCGAGCAUAUCUCCAGUCUCGAUGCCAUGCCCCAUGAGUACUGCACCUGCUGUGCAAAUACCAGCUGCAUGCCUCCACGGCCCACAGCCAGGAAGUAAUCCUGUGACUCCUCGCGUGCCACAGCUCCGGCAGCUGCCUCCGCGACUGCAAAUGUCAGCAGCCGCACCAAGUGGGCCCAGCAUUGCCCGCAUGGCGCAAAAUGCCUUCACUGCCCCAGCGAGUGUCGAAAGGAUACGUGAGCCUUUGAACAUGGCAGCCAUGGAGGUUCAACCACAGCCUUUCAUGAACGUCAGUGUUACAUCGGCUGCGGGCCGCUGUACCCCGACCAACAAGGUCACAUUGCAUUCUGCAUCGCGCUGCAGCUGCAAGGUGACAAAGGUCACUCCUUUGCGUAUGAACGGUCCGCGAUAAUUCGAAGAGAAACUACAUAUUUUGUUGAAAAAAGGCUGCGUGCUGGGCCGUGUUUGAGUGACUAGAAUGAGCUUAAGUCUAGUACUGCCUGCCUUUGACAACUAGUUGUGAUUGUUCUGGCUAGAUGCCC